CACGAUCGUUUCUUCACUCAGUCCCUAGCACAGUCCGCAACGGACGGCCAUCGGCGCACGCGUCGCGUCUUUUUAUAUUUUAUAUGUAUUUAUAGUGGGAACUUAUAUGAUGGCGUCUAAAAACUAUACCAGUGGCAUUGUUCUGUGUUUAUUUUUAUUAAUUCUAAAAGCUAGUAGUUUAGAAUUGCACGCAAACCGCGCCUGCAUUAUUGGCGGCGGUUUCGCGGGUCUCGCCACCGCGCGGUACAUGAAACAGUAUGGCGUCAACUUCACCUUGUUUGAGGCAUCGAGACACAUCGGCGGUACUUGGAGGUUCGACCCUCACGUUGGCAUAGAUGAGGAUGGGCUGCCGCUGUUCACUAGCAUGUAUAAAAACUUAAGGACAAACACGCCACGGCAGACCAUGGAGUUUGCGGGCUUCCCGUUUCCAGACGACACUCCGUCAUAUCCUUCAGGACCGUGUUACUACAAGUAUUUACAGUACUUCGCAAAGCACUUCGAUUUGUUAAAAAAUAUUCAAGUGCGCAGUCUAGUGACCUCAGUGAAGUGGGUCGAUGAUCAUUGGGAACUGACUUAUUACAACUCAGAGUCUAAACAAAGUCGCACAGAAACUUGUGAUUUCGUGGUCGUCGCCAGCGGUCAAUACCUUUUGCCGUCAUGGCCUAAGAUCGAGGGGCUUGAAACUUUUAGAGGAAACAUGAUCCAUAGUCAUGAUUACAAGGACCCUGAAGACUAUAGAAACCAUAGGGUGCUAGUCGUUGGCGCCGGAGCUUCAGGUCUGGACCUCGCUACCCAUCUUUCCAACGUGACGAGCAAAUUGGUGCACAGCCAUCACGCGAUGUUCAAUCAACCACACUUUGGUGACACCUAUGUUCGGAAGCCGGACAUAAUGGCGUUCACGGCCACAGGAGCCAUAUUCCAAGAUGGCACGUUUGAGGAACUCGACGAUGUUAUAUUUUGUACAGGUUACAGAUACAAUCACCCGUUCCUGGACAGCAGCACGGGAGUGACUGCAACUGACAAGUUCAUCCUGCCGCUCUACCAACAAGUCGUCAACAUCAAACAUCCCAGUAUGACGUUUGUUGGCAUUUCUAAGAGAAUUAUAAACAGGGUUUUGGAUGCUCAGGCUGAAUAUUCAGCAGCCUUGGCCGCUGGCAAGUUUGAGAUUCCGUCGCAAGAAGAGAUGCUGAAUAUCUGGCUUAGCCAUGUGUACAACAUCCAAACGAAAGGAAUGAAAAUAGUUGAUGUCAAUGUUAUUGGAAAUGAUAUGGACCAGUAUUUCGGCAACCUAACUCAAGAAGCAGGCGUAGUCCGUGCUCCCUUAGUGCUCUCGGAGAUGAGAGAUUUCAACGCAGUUAACCGUCUAGAAGACCUACUUAACUACCGCGACUACGACUACAAGAUUAUGGACGACUCUCAUUUUGAAAGGAAAUAUAAUCCCAGGAAAGUAUUGCCAUGUCCGAUUGAUGAUUUGUAAAAUGUAAAGGAACACUUAAAUAUUUCCUUAGUCGCAUUUUUUUAUUACAAAGUAACUAAAUAUUUGAUUUUUCGUUGAAUCUCUUUUUAAUGUUAAAUAUUUAACCCACAUCACAAAUAACUGUUAAUAUCAACUUUAAAUUAAUGUUGGUCAAAUAAUAAACUAUGACAUUAUUAUCGCGACAAGUAAGUGGAGGAGCUCGUUAAAUGUAAAGUAUGAAGCUGGCUCAUAAAGAUUCCAAUUUGUAUAUUUUGUAAAUUUUAGCAAUAUUAAAUAGAUACAUUU